AUGAAGAAAGAGCCAGCUCAAGAACCAGCUACUGCCCAGGACGUGCAGGUAAUCAUUCCGGUCGAUACUAUGUGUCCGAAUGCCGAGCGGUAUGUUGUCUUUGGUGAUUUCGAUGCGACCCUCAACCAGACCAAUAUUAUGAAGGGGAACAACAACAACAAAUAUUACAGGAUUCAAUUGUUGCAACAUAAGAAGACGAAACGCUUCCUCCUUUGGACGCGCUGGGGACGGGUUGGCGAGGCGCGAAGCACACAGACAAAACUCCAGUCCUGUAACGGCCAAGAGGGGUGCGAGCAAGCCUUUGAGAAGAAGUUUAGCGACAAGACUGGCAACUUAUGGGACAACCGCGACAACUUUGUACCCCGCAAGAAAAAGUAUGAAAUGCUGGAAAUGGAUUACACCACGAAAAAGGAGGAAGACGUGAAACCAUUGAUAAUGUCUCUGAAGAGCAAGGAAGAGAAUGUUGAGUACCUUCCUUCGUGCUUGCCGGACGAAACUCGUGAUUUGAUCGAAAUGCUGUUUGAGGAGGACGUGUACAUUGACGCCCUCAGGGAAUUUGAAAUCGACGUUAACAAGAUGCCGUUGGGUGCGUUGUCGACCGACCAAAUUCAGAAGGGUGUUGCGGUUCUCGAAGAGCUUGAACAAGCUCUCAAGGCCUCUGGGAAUCAACGUGCGAAACUGGAGCGGCUAUCUUCGCAAUUCUACACGACGAUUCCUAGGGAUUUCGGGAGGACUCGUCCCCCUGUGAUUUCCAAUCCCGACAUGCUGCAGAAGUGCUACGACAUGUGUAAUGUUCUUCUCGAUAUGGAGAAGGCCACCGACAUGAUGUCCAAGGCUGCAGACACAGUCAAGGAAGAGAAGGAAGAUCCUCAGAAACUCCCUCAUCCAACGGAGGCACAAUAUGCGUCACUGAAUGCCGAGCUCAAACAUAUACCGAGAGACAGCGAGGAGUAUGAUGUGGUUGCGAAGGCGUUCGAUAAAACCAAGGGACAGUAUGAAAGCGCCAAGCUCCUUGAUGUUUGGCGCGUUGAAAGAAUGGGUGAGAAGGCACGGUUCGAGCAGGUGAGCCAUCACAACAACUACUUACUCUGGCAUGGAAGUCAUAUCGCUGCUAUUUCGGCAAUUCUCGCAACAGGUCUGAGAAUCAUGCCACAUUCUGGAGGCCGGGUGGGCCGCGGUAUCUAUCUGGCAUCAGAAAAUGGAAAGAGCCAAUCGUAUACGACGCCGGAGUGUCGGCGCAAGGUUGGCUGCAUGUUUCUAGCAGAGGCGGCGCUUGGGAAGAUAGCUGAGAUUAUAAAAGACGAUCCGAGCUUGAAACGGCCCCCCAGUGGUUUCGAUUCGGUGAGAGCCUGCGGCAGACAAACACCGGGUGGGUUCAAGGAAGUUCAAUUCGAUGAUAGACAUGUCAAGUUGCCUGUUGAGCAACCUGUUGAUAACCCCAAAGCCAAAGACAGUAGCUUCCGUCAAGAUGAGUACUUGAUAUACAACGAAGCACAGGCGAGAAUACGAUAUGUAAUAACUGUGAAGAAGGGCUAGAAAUAAUUGCAUUAAGUUGGGAUACAUUCAUCGUUCGAGACAUAAUUUGUCUGCUCUCCCUUUUCUGGGCUUUCUAAGCAUAGUUCUGGUCAAAAAAAACAAGCUGUACGUGAGUGGAUGUGUUAUCUCUAUUAGAUCCGAUCGUCCAUUAGACCACCGCCGUUAGUUCAGUCUGGAGUUAGUUGGCCUUCACGAGAUUGUAUGAGCAUCGUUAAAGCCACCUUUCAAAAGCUGAAGUAGUGAUCGUAGGAUCAAGUAGAUGUUUUAAGUUACAACGCUGCUCUAAAUCUGCAGGAUCUCAAAGAAUUCAAGGUAGACGGCUGGUUCUGGUUCCCUCUCAGACUUUUUCUACGCUACGACCUAAUAAAUCCCUAGUGAGGUACAGGGCCGCGACAAAAUGUGUGCAGGUCACGUCUUGAAGCGUUGGGCACUACACACGCUUAUGGAAA